AUGGCUGACAAGUUCAACGCCCCGGACUCUGUGUCCAUAUCCCAAACCCAUAUGGAAGAGACAAAGUUUGCACAGCCCGAAGAACAGCUCAAGAAGCGAUUCUCCCUUCUAUCUGUCAUUGCAUUCGGCUUCACCACAAUGAACUCAUGGGUCGCCUUUGCCUCUGGCGUUGCUGUCCCGCUUUCCUGCGGCGGCGGCCCAGCCCUCAUCUACGGUCUCAUCGUCGCCGGCAUCGUCAUGGCUACAAUCAACAUUGGCUUUGCGGAACUUGCAUCUGCGUUUCCAUCUGCCGGCGGCCAAUAUCACAUCGUGUACAUGACCUUUCCACAAUCGACACGGCGAGUCGCUGCCUUCUUCACGGGCUGGAUAUCCGUGAUUUAUAUCAUGGCGGCAACGGCGUCGUGCAACUUCUUUGUCGCCGGCUCGAUUCUCGACCUUGUCAACCUGUGGAACGACGGCUACGAAAUACAAGCUUGGCAUACAUACCUGCUGCAUAUCCUGCUAAGCAUCAUCGCAUUUGGGGUGACGUCUCGGUUUCCUACUGCCAUUGGAAAGUUGGGCGUUUCAAUUCUUGUGCUGUCCAUUGUUGGUUUCGUGGCCUCGCUGGUUACGCUACUCACUGUUCAGGAUACCAAACAGUCUUCCGAUUUCGUGUUUAGGCAAUAUACAAAUGUCAGUGGAUGGGGUGAUGGAUGGGCCUUCUUCAUCGGUGUUACUGGAUGUCUCUGGGCAUACAGUGGCGUUGAUGCCCCGACGCACGUUUCUGAAGAAGUGCCGAAUCCGAGUCGAAACGUCCCCAUUGCCAUCAUCACCACCAUGGCUCUGGGCAUCGUCACAGUCCUGGCCUGGAACAUUGCGCUCAUGUUUGUUGUCACCGAUCUUCAGGCCCUUAUCGAGUCUGGUGUUCCCAUUCUAGAGGUCUACAACCAAGCGCUAAACUCAAAGGUGGCUACAACCAUCUGGGCUGUCUACUACAUCAUCAUGUUCUACGACAUUGUCCUCAAUCUCUUCAUCUUCGCCGGCCGAACAAUCUGGUCGCUUUCUCGUGAUGGUGGCGUCCCCUACUCCAAGUACAUUUCUCAUCUCGACUGGGCCAGUCCCGUCCGCGCCUCUGCAAUAAUGCUUGUCUUGCAGAUUGUCAUCGGCGUUCUCUACGUGGCAUCAGCCACAGCGUACAGCAGCUUCAUCAACCUCACCCUCUUUGCGCUCAACAUCACUGUUGCGCUGCCUCAGGCUGCCCUCUUGUUCCGGGGCCGCAGCAUUCUUCCCGAGCGAGCCUUUUCUCUCGGAAAGUUUGGCUACGUUACAAACGCCACCGCUACGCUCUUUGUAAUUUUCUUUUCUGUUUGUUUCUGCUUCCCUGUUGGAUUUCCCGUUACUGCAAGCACCAUGAACUAUUUAAUUGUUGUCAUGGCCGUCGGCCUAGUUGUAACGGCACUUGUAUGGGCUGUCAAGCUGCGCAAAACCUUUACCGGUCCUCAAUUGGACAGUUACGGAGGUGAAUUCCAUCACUGA